AUGCGCCCCGCGCCGCUGCUCGGGCUCCUGCUCUGGGCGCCGCUGCUCUGGGCGCCGCCGGUGCGCGGCUUCCGCCACGGCGUCCACUGGAACGGCAGCAACCCCAGGUUCCUGCGGGACGACUACUCCAUCCAGGUGGCCAUCAAUGACUACCUGGACAUCUACUGCCCGCACUACGAGGGGGCGGUGCCCGCCGGCCGGGCAGAGACCUUCACGCUCUUCAUGGUGGACCGGGAGGGCUAUCGCGGCUGCUACGAGACCCCGGGCGCCUUCAAGCGCUGGGAGUGCAACCGGCCCCGGGCGCCCUUCGGGCCCGUCCGCUUCUCCGAGAAAAUCCAGCGUUUCACCCCCUUCUCACUCGGCUUCGAGUUCCAGCCGGGGGAGACCUACUACUACAUCUCCGUGCCCAGCCCCGAGAGCGCCGGGCGAUGCCUGAAGCUGCGCGUCACCGUCUGCUGCCGAGGCACCACGCCACAGCCGGUGACAGAGGUACCCAAUUCGCAGCCCCGAGGGCGCGGGGGCCCCGAGGAUGUGGUGCCUGCCCGGGGCACCGCGGUCCCAUCGCAGUCCUGCAACCCAUGCCUGGCACUCGUGCUCCUGGCCCUGCUCUGGAUCUGACCCCGGCGCUGCCCGUGGCGGGGGGAUGGGCUCCUCUGCCCCGACGCCGCUUCCAGACUCUUCCUCACAGCCAACCCCCCAAGCCCGUGGGGCAGCCCCAGGCCAUGACCCGCCUGUUGGACCUCCGCAAAGCCGAGCUGGGGCCGGGAGCUCCGGGCUGGAAGGGCCACCGCUUGCCACCGGCAUCAGCGCACAUCGGGAUCGCCACGAGUCAGCAUCGCCGCGCGCUGGGAUUGCCACGCCCUGGCACUGUCCCACCGGCCGCCUGCCCUGGUGCUGGGGUCCCCUCAGCGAAUGCCUGCUCUGCCCCACGGCUAUCACCUCAUCUCGUGCCUUUCCCCAUGGACCCCCGGCCCUGGGGCCCAGGGACCCCCAACCCCGGAGCGGGGCAGCAGCUCCGAUGGCGGCAUCCGCCGCUGCCGUGUCCUCCUCCAGCGAGGACGCACUGAUCUGUCUUCUGGGAAGACGCCUUCCUCCGUGCCCUCGGUUUGGUUUUAACCCCUAGUAGUGACUGAGCAAUACAAUAUUUGCAAGA